CCAACCGCCCCGGUGAUUGACAGGCGAGCCGGGCGGAAGCUGCGGCGCCUGCGCGCUGGCCGCGCAGCGCUCCCCUCGGGCCGGGCCGGAGAGUUCCCAGCAGGCCCCGCGCCGCGCCUGCGCAGUGCGGGGGAGGCUUUUAAUUCCAUUGUGGAGAGGACGGCGUUAUUUUUAUUAACUGGAGGCGGCGGCGGCGGCGGCGGGACCCCAGGCCUCCUCCGGGGCAUGAAAGUCGGCGGCGGGUUCCUGAGCGGCGGCGGCGGCGGCUCCGGCGGCCGGCGGGCGGAGAUGGAGCCCACCUUCCCGCAGGGUCUGGUCAUGUUCAACCACCGGCUGCCCCCGGUCGCCAGCUUCGCCCGGCCGGCCGGCCCGGCCGCCCCUCCCCCGCAGUGCGUGCUCGCCGCCUCUACCUCCGCGGCCCCGGCGGCCGAGCCCCCCCCUGCGCCGGCCCCGGACGUGACUUUCAAGAAGGAGCCGGCGGCCUCCGGCGCGGCCUUCCCGGCGCAGCGCACCUCCUGGGGCUUCCUGCAGUCGCUGGUGAGCAUCAAGCAGGAGAAGCCCGCGGACCCCGAGGAGCAGCCGUCCCCGCACCACCACCACCACCACCACCACCACCACCACCACUACGGGGGGCUGUUCGCGGGGGCCGAGGACCGGGGCCAAGAGGAGUCCCACGGCGUCAUCCAGGACCUCAGCGUCCUCCACCAGCACGCCCCGCCGCCGCCCGGCCCGCAGCACCGCGACGCGCUGCUCGGCGCCGGCGCCAGGACCGACGAGCGCCACGACCACGGGGAGCCAAAGCAGGACACGAACUUAGUCAAAAAGGCGAAGAGGCCAAAGCCAGAAUCUCAGGGAAUCAAAGCCAAGAGGAAGCCGAGCGCAUCUUCCAAACCGCCCGCGGUCGGAGACGGAGAAGGCGCCGUCCUCUCCCCAAGCCAGAAACCUCACAUCUGCGACCACUGCAGCGCUGCUUUCCGGAGCUCCUAUCACCUGCGGAGACACGUGCUCAUCCACACCGGGGAGAGGCCGUUCCAGUGCAGCCAGUGCAGCAUGGGCUUCAUCCAGAAAUACCUCCUGCAGCGGCACGAGAAGAUCCACAGCCGCGAGAAGCCGUUCGGCUGCGACCAGUGCAGCAUGAAGUUCAUCCAGAAAUACCACAUGGAGCGACACAAGAGGACACAUAGCGGAGAAAAGCCAUAUAAGUGCGACACCUGCCAACAGUAUUUCUCGAGGACUGAUCGGCUGUUGAAGCACAGACGCACGUGUGGUGAAGCCAUAGCGAAAGGAGCCGCGAGCGCAGAACCUGGGUCAUCGAACCCCAACAGUAUGGGUCACCUGGCUGUGUUGUCUCAGGGAAACACAAGUUCUUCAAGGAGGAAAACCAAGUCAAAAAGCGUAGCUGUCGAAAAUAAGGAGCAAAAGACUGCUAAAGCGAGCGAAUCGCCAAUUUCCAACAGCCUGAGCGUGCAGAGUUACUCGGUGGAGAUGCCUGCCAUGUCUUCCGGCGGAGGCAUCAUUGGCCCUGGUGUGGAUGAACUGCAGAAAAGGGUGCCAAAACUGAUCUUCAAGAAAGGAAGCAGGAAGAGUACCGACAAAAACUACCUUAACUUUGUGUCACCGUUACCAGACAUAGUAGGACAGAAGCCUUUGUCUGGGAAACCAGGUGGCGCACUUGGCAUAGCAUCGAGUACUGGUGUGGAGACCAUUAGUCUUCUCCAGGGUACAGGUGGCAAGCAAGGCCAGAUGAACAGUAAUUACGAUGAUGCCAUGCAGUUUUCAAAGAAAAGAAGAUACUUACCAACUGCCAGCAGCAACAGUGCCUUCUCUAUAAACGUGGGACACAUGGUCUCCCAGCAGUCUGUCAUUCAGUCUGCAGGGGUCAGUGUUUUGGACAGCGAGGCCCCAUUGUCACUUAUUGACUCCUCAGCCCUAAAUACUGAAAUUAAGUCUUGUCAUGACAAGUCUGGAAUUCCGGAUGAGGUUUUGCAGAGUAUUCUGGAUCAGUACUCCGGCAAGUCAGAAAGCCAGAAAGAGGAUCCCUUCAACAUAACAGAACCACGAGUGGACUUACACACCUCAGGAGAACACUCAGAGUUGGUUCAAGAAGAGAAUUUGAGCCCAGGCACCCAGACCCCUUCAAGUGAGAAGGCCAGCGUGUUGCAAGAAUACUCCAAGUACCUCCAGCAGGCUUUUGAAAAAUCCACGAAUGCGGGCUUUGCGCUUGGACACGGUUUCCAGUUUGUCAGCUUGUCUUCGCCUCUCCACAACCACACCUUAUUUCCAGAAAAGCAGAUAUACACUACGUCUCCUUUGGAGUGUGGUUUCGGCCAGUCUGUUACCUCAGUGUUGCCAUCUUCAUUGCCAAAGCCUCCUUUUGGGAUGUUGUUUGGAUCUCAACCAGGUCUUUACCUGUCUGCUUUGGAUGCCACCCAUCAGCAGUUGACACCUUCCCAGGAGCUGGAUGAUCUGAUAGAUUCUCAGAAGAAUCUGGAGACCUCAUCAGCCUUUCAGUCCUCAUCUCAGAAACUGACCAGCCAGAAGGAACAACAGAAAAACUUAGAGUCCUCAGCCAGCUUUCAGAUUCCAUCUCAGGAGUUAGCUAGCCAGAUAGAUCCUCAGAAAGACACAGAGCCUAGAACGACGUACCAGAUUGAGAACUUUGCACAAGCGUUUGGUUCUCAGUUCAAGUCGGGCAGCAGGGUGCCAAUGACCUUUAUCAGUAACUCUAAUGGAGAAGUGGACCAUAGAGGAAGGACUUCAGUGUCAGAUUUCUCAGGGUAUACAAACAUGAUGUCUGAUGUAAGUGAGCCAUGUAGCACGAGAGUAAAGACACCCACCAGCCAGAGUUACCGGUAAGGUCCCCAGCAGGGCCCGGGCUGGAGGUCUUCUAAUGUAAUUUUGUUUUAUUUUGAGAACACUGCCAUUGGAAUGUUUCUACACGAUCCUAUUAAGAAUAAUGUAAUGCCCUUUCAAUGCAACUUUUCAUAUUUAGUUUAUUUUGUUAGCGUGAUUUUAGCUCUGUUUGUAUUAUGAUUUUUAAUCAAAAUCAAUAGAUUAAAAAUAGUUUGCCAUUCAAAGUGACAAUGUCUAGCAAUCAAAUUUACAUGUAUAGAUCGUCAGGGAAUAGCCCAAAAGUUUUAAAUGCAAAAAAAUAAAAAACAAAAAAAACAACAAAAAAAAACCCUACAAAAAAACAAAACAAAAAAAACACAAAAAAACUUUGUUGCUAGGAUUAAGGUUAUUCUAAUUGCUUCACUCUCAGGAAAGUGUAAUAACGCAUGGGAAUUCUGUACGUAUCACUGUAAUGGAAUAUCCAAUUUACAGAUAGUAUGAUACACAUUUCAUCAUUUAAGUAAGGGAUCGAGAACAUUUCAAAUUGCUCUAUCUUGGCUGAUAGAUAUACAUUUCAUCAUUUUAAGUGAGGGAUCGAAAACAUUUCAAAUUGCUGUCUCCAUCUGGGCUGAUCCAAAAUUCUGAGAUGUUUGCUACCUAUAUUUUGUUGCAGCUUUUAAAUGUACUCUGAACUUACCACAUUCAUUCCAGCCUGGUAGAACAAAUAUUCUUGGAUCUUUGAUCAAAGCCUGGAAUGAUAGCUUUAAUAAAAGAAGAAGAAAGAAAAAAAAAAAGCACCCUCUCCUUAUCCCAACUGUAGUAAGGCUAUAAUUCCAUUAGGAGUCCGCUGACAUCUAGAACAGUGUUGAAGCCCAAGUGGUUGGUUCCAGUAUUAGAACCCCAGUUGGAAUUACAACGUUCUUUGAAAUUUGGGGUAUGCAUUAUUAUACAUGGCCUAAAGACACCGUCCUCUUGUCUGUAUUAUUAAAUGUCACCCACACUUCUGGGUUUUUCUUUUGUUUCUAAUCCAUCUUUCUAAGAGUUCUGGACCUUGCUUGUUCCUCUUUCUGUCUUGACAGUUUCGAUUUUAGGAUGAUUUACAUUGCAUAGGUAAUUCAUUAUGCAUUUUACAUGCCUAUGGCAUCCAGAUACUAAACAAUAAAAACACCCCCCCCCCCAGAUUUUCA